AUGGCAUUGUUCACACCUGCACCUGAAGCAUCGUCGGCUCGGCCCAACUUUUUGAGUACUCUCAGAUUUAUCCCGGUUAAAGUAACCAGCAUUUUUGGUUGGGAAAGUGAGUUGGAGAUGGGGUUUCUGGUAACUACGUUAAUAUUCGUAGUGGUUGGGGUUAUUGCGUCACUUUGCACCAGAAUCUGCUGCAACAGAGGACCCUCUGCGAAUUUGUUCUUUCCCAGCAGUUGCUUUAAUCUUGAUUUGAACAGCUCGGACAAUCCUACUUCUGCUUUGUCUAUUGAAAAAAGUUUUCUGGUUACAUCUGACAUUGAUUAUUACUGCAACAGUUUGCUGCUGGAUGAUGUGGGCAAUUGUGUAUCUAUCACAGAUGAAGCCAUUAAUCGUUCCAAUUUUGAACGAGUCUGAGUGAUAUCAUCUUUGAGAAGGAAAUUGUUUGCAAGCUACUGUUUGUUGUUUUUGAAGGGAGACUUGGAUAUUUAUUAUUAUUUAUAACCUUUUGGGGUACGCAUUCUACAGGGCUCCUUUCCCGUUUCAUAUUUGUAUGUAAUUUUCAUUCAUUUGUCAUCUUUAAUUUAUUAUUAUUCGAGGAUGGUUUCAAAUUGGAUGUACUUAAACAAGAUGAGAAAAUAAAAGGAUGGAGUUUGCUCUGUCUCAAUGUUUUAUAUAUCGGGCUAGGCGGCCCUCAAC